UGGUACGACGAAACAGCUCUACUUCCGCCGGAAAAUGCCUUCGCUGCGAGGGCGGGGCCUAUAUCGAGCUCUUCGAGGCUCUACUACUUCCUUUUCCGGCUGCAACGGGAGCGAGAAGCAGGCGCCGUAGCCAUGAGUCUCGUGAUUCCAGAGAAAUUCCAGCACAUCCUGCGAGUUCUCAACACCAACAUCGAUGGGCGACGGAAGAUUGCCUUUGCCAUCACCGCUAUCAAGGGUGUGGGCAGGCGAUACGCCCAUGUGGUGCUGAGGAAAGCAGACAUCGACCUGACCAAGAGAGCCGGCGAACUCACAGAAGACGAGGUAGAGCGGGUGAUCACCAUCAUGCAGAACCCCCGGCAGUACAAGAUCCCGGACUGGUUCCUCAACAGGCAGAAGGACGUCAAGGACGGGAAAUACAGCCAGGUCUUGGCUAACGGGCUGGACAACAAGCUCCGCGAGGACUUGGAGCGCCUGAAGAAGAUCCGGGCUCAUCGGGGCCUGCGACACUUUUGGGGCCUGCGUGUCCGUGGCCAGCACACCAAGACGACCGGCCGCCGUGGCAGAACCGUGGGUGUCUCCAAGAAGAAGUAGAUCUCUUUUAUGUGCAAAUAAAAAAAGUGCUUGUUCUCAA